UUUGGACUGACUCCGCGGCGAUAAGGCGCUGCCAAGUCUGACAACAAAAUUUUAAUUUCCCCAACGUAACCUAUGCAGCUGGACUCCACUACAAUGGCAUAUUAAAGGGGUGGAGGAAGACACGGUUUCAUGCUCGGUAGGUGACCGGAGUCAGUCAACUUUUCGCCGUUGAGCAGAGACGCUGCGCGGCUGGGAGAAGCUACAAUGAGCUCGGAGCACCAGAGCGACAGCGAGGACGCCGACGAGUCGCAGGACAGGCCCAACAGCGGCAGCGUCUCCGACAAAGAGGAAGACCCUGACAUCGACGACUCGGACGUGGAAGAUGAAAUCGCUCCGGUGGUGUCUCCUUCACCCCCGGGGAGCAGCGGGGACAGGCCGGAGCGGAGUGCGAGGUCUCCGGCAUCGGAGGCGCGAGAUCCGGGCUGCCAACCGGCCGCCGCGCCGGAGACAGGGAGCGGCGGGGACUCCAGCAUCGAUAGCCGCAGGGGGAAUAGCCUGUUUUCCUGGCUGCAGAGCAGGACAAUAAGACGAGGGGUGUUUGUGGACCCAGCUAGGGAUAACUUCAGGACAAUGACCAGUUUAUACUGCUCUAUGAAUCCGGCUGUGGAGUCUAUCAACCUGAGCACUCAGACCCAUGGAGCGGUCUUCAACCUGGAGUACUCCCCGGACGGGUCUGUGCUGACUGUGGCCUGUGAGCAGACUGAGGUCCUGCUGUUUGAUCCCAUCUCAUCCAGACACAUCAAAACCCUGACCGAGGCCCACGAGGACUGCGUCAACAACAUAAGGUUUUUGGACAAUCGUUUGUUUGCCACCUGCUCCGACGACACCACAAUUGCAUUAUGGGAUCUCCGUAAGCUGAAUUCAAAGGUUUGCUCGUUGCACGGCCACGCCAGCUGGGUGAAGAAUAUCGAGUACGACACCAACACUCGUCUCCUCGUCACGUCUGGCUUCGACGGCAACGUCAUCACGUGGGACACUAACAGGUUUACAGAGGACGGCUGCCCGCACAAAAAGUUCUUCCAUACCCGCUACCUAAUGAGGAUGCGCCUGACACCCGACUGUUCCAAGAUGCUCAUCUCCACUUCCUCAGGGUACCUGCUCAUCCUCCACGACCUGGACCUCACCCAGUCCCUCGAGGUGGGCAGCUACCGCAUGCUGCGAGCGCGACGCACACCCCUCAGUUCAGAUGGAGGCACAUCAGCGUCCAGGUCAGCUGGAACUCCUCGCCAGGGAAACGACUCCAGCAAGAUCCACCCUCAUAGAGAAGGUCUUUCUCCCAGGAACAGCCUGGAGGUUUUGACUCCAGAGAUCCCCGGAGAGAGAGACCGAGGGAACUGCAUCACCUCCCUGCAGCUCCAUCCUAAAGGCUGGGCCACGCUCAUCCGAUGCUCCAGCAACAUGGACGACCAGGAGUGGACGUGUGUGUACGAGUUCCAGGAGGGAGCACCCACCCGCCCGCUGGUCUCCCCCCGCUGCUCCCUCCGCCUCACCCACUACAUCGAGGAGGCCAACGUCGGCAGGGGCUACAUCAAAGAGCUGUGUUUCAGCCCGGACGGACGACUCAUCUGCUCCCCGUAUGGCUACGGCGUCCGCCUGCUGGCCUUCGACGAGAACUGUGGCGAGCUGGCCGACUGCCUGCCCGUUCAGACCAGCUGCCUCAGGGAGAUCCGCUCCAUCUACUCGCACAGCGACGUGGUGCUCACCACCAAGUUCUCCCCAACACACUGCCAGCUGGCCUCGGGCUGCCUCAGUGGACGCGUUGCCCUUUACCAGCCCAAGUUUUAGCAACCCAAUGCUAUCAAAGAACGAUGCACUGCAGACCUGGGUAAAGAAGUUCUCAUCAGGGCCUCAAAAUGCCCAGAAUACUUUUCGUACGACUACAUAUUUUUGAUUUUAGACUCCUAUCAGCUAAUAUAUGCAGAUUUUUGUUGUGCUAAGACUAUAUCUACAUAGUAAUAUGGCCUUCUUGGCACCCUUUGGUAUAAAUUAUAUCAAAACCAUCAAAGGAAAUUAAAAUUUUCAAAAAUUCAGAAUCUUUAAGUACCCCGAAUCACAUUUCCUAGCAUUUGUUUUAAAGUGCUGAAGUGGUACAGAUGGGUGGGAUUUACUAUAUGCCGAUAUUUCAGAUAGUCUGACGCAUGGCAUAACUGGAAUAUUGGGAUUUUUCUGGACUCUCUGCCAGACAAAUCUGUAGCGAAGACUCCACCCAUCUGGUACCUAAAAGGGAUAAAGCAAAGAUUUUAAGUACUUCUAGACCCAGGUCUGCAGCCGUGAAGCAGAGUUUGUUGGGGUGUGAACCGCUGACGGCCACUGACCUGAAUUAAAAAAAUUGAAGGAUAAGACUUAAGCUGUGGCCACUUGACCAGGGUGCAGUAGUGGAUGAAAACUUUCAGCCUCUCUGACCCUGAACUUUAAGAACAAAAAUGGAAAAAAUAACACUUUGAGGCACCAAAACAAAAAACUGCAAACUUAACUCCCAUCUAGACUGAGGAGAGGAAGUCCAAACCUUGACGCUCUUGAUCAUUAAAUCAAGAGAUGCAACAUGGCAUCAGUCAAAAACAAACUCUGCAGUUUGUCUGUGGCUCUUUUUCAUGCUAAAGAUUAAUUUUGGUCUCUAUAGCAGUAGAAAACUUUGACUUAUUUUGAGACUCGGCACAACCAGAUGUUGCUGUCUCGGGACAAAAACACUAAGGAUGCAGACAAACAGUCACAUAUUAAUUCAUUAAUUCUAACGAGACAAACAAGAAACAGGCGCUUGUGUUUGUCAUCUGCGCUGUCGUUGAUCGUCUUGACACGGCGUCCUCUGCUGCAGAUCGUGUCGCUCUCAGCUGCUCCGCUCUGCUCAUGCCUUUUCUACAGGUGCUGCUUCUCUGCUCAUACAAUCUGAACUAUGACCCCCGACUUCAAGGACCUCAUCAUCAACGCCUUUCCGCUUUACCUACCUUUUUGUUUUCCAUCUCCACCCUGUUUCCGCCUUCAUAGUCUUUACUGGUUUGGUUUUUAGUGGUUUUAUUGGUGUAUUAAUGUUGGCACUACUUGUUCACGGUGUUUGAUUCAUUUGAUUCUGUUUGCCAUCGUUGAGGCCGCUUGAGGCACUUCUCAUUUCCCUUCACAGUUUGCGUGGUUUUAUUUUGAACCUGUGAAUGGAAACUUGCUGUCUGGACAAUAGAAAAGUCCAGCUCCUGUCAGUAUCUCAGUUUUCAAAGUAUCCCACCCUGACAUUUUCCAGACCCACUUUCUCUACAAACCACUCUUACAAGAUUUUCAUACUUUUGCGAAGGAAAUACUAAUUUAUUUCACAUAUUUCUUCCCUAAAAGACAAGGUUGGUCUGUGUUUUUUACAUAGAGCACGGUAGUCCUUCUCUGAAUACUUUCUGACUUCCCUAUCUUGUCUGUGCACUCAGCCCAAGCCUAGUUCCUAUUGAAGACAUAAAUCUUUACUAACAGCUCACAAAUACAUAGUUUAAAGGCUCGGUAAUUUCCUGAAACAGGUGGUCACUGUAGUUUGUAGCAAACAUUACUCAAACAGGAGUAAAUAGGGAAAUUGUUGGGGACUACUUUCAGCCGCGGAGUAAUACACAAUUAGUGUUCUAGUGAGUAUUACGGCAGCAGGACAGCGUAUAUGGGAUAGAUACAACAAAAAACUACAGUGGCACAGAGGAAUAAGAUAUAUCAGUAUUUGGCCACACAGACAAUACUAGUUAGUAGAAUCAAUUCAUUGCUGGUUUUGGUCUUUUCAUGGGAUUUGUUGAAUAUUACCAGCCUCACCCUUUAAUCAGCUUUUUGACUCUUUGCAGAAGAAGUUGCCUCAGCAUCAUCAUUAACCUUUGAAGGAUGAAAUUGUUGCCAAGAAACAUUUGACUCGUAUUUUUGACCUUGUACCUCAUUUUGUUGGUUUUUGAAGAGAGUUUUGAUCCACAUCAGUGUUUCUUCCACCCCCGCACUCCCCCAUCACAUCCAGUUUGUCAUUUUUACAAUGUUGUCAUAAAAGUGACCAGUCGGGUUUUUUCCUCUGUAAGGACCGAAUGGAUUGCUUUGACUGUUCUAGUAUCGGCAAUGCUUUUGUGUUUUCAACUAGUGUAGUAUAGCUGCUGUAAGAGCCAAGCACAUGCGUGGAUGUUACACUUUAAUGUAAACUGGUUAGAGUACACACUGACUGACUGCAGUAUAGAUAUAACAUAAACAAAAGAUAGACAUUAGCUUAUACUACUAUGCAUACCAGCCUUCAUGAAGAUUCUCCUUUCUUAUUUAUGCGAGGGUGAUGCUCUGUGUGGAGCUGUCCGAUGCCAAAAUAUGUUUUGCUUGGACAAGGCAGUGCUUCUCCUCUGUAGUGGAACUGUGAGCUGAGAACUAAAGGUGAACAUCUGCUAUUAUGGAUUUUUUUUUUUAAAGUUCUUUACAUGUGGCAAAAACUUAAAUUUUAAAAGAAUUUAUUGAAAUUUUUGGAAAUACGCUUUCUUGCCAAAAGUUAGAUGAGCAGAUCGAUACUUGUCUCACACUUGUCCGUUGAAUAUAAGGCUACAGCAAGCAGUCGGUUAGCUUAGCUUAGCAUAAAGUCUGGAAACAGGGGUAACGGCUAUCCUGGCUCAGCCCAACAGUCACAAAAUCUACCUAUCAGCACCUUUUUAAGAUCACUAAUUAACAUAUUAUAUCUUGUUUGUUUAAUCUGUAUUAAAACAGAAGUGUAAAACAGAAAAUUUGCCGUUUUAUGGGUGGUUAUGUACCUGACUAUUUCCUGGCUGGGACCAGUAACUGUCUGGAGUCUCCGCUGGUUGCCUGGCAACCAAACAAUAAAGAAAUAGUCCAGAAAAUUACCCCCUUAGAACGACAACUUGUCGUUUUUCCACUUCAGUUUUUAUACAGAUAAAACAAACGAAGUAUGUGUUAAUUAAUGAGCUUUAUAGGUGCUGGUAGGUGGGUUUGUUGCUGUUUUACAGAGCCAGGCUAACUGUUUCCCGCUGUUUCCACUUUGCGCUAAGCUAAGCUAACCGGCUGCUCGCAGUAGCUUCAUAUUAACCGUUUACACAUAAGAGUGGUAUCAAUCUUCUCAUCUAACCCACUUCCAGAAAGUGUAAUAAGUGUAUUCCCCAAAAUGUUUGAAAACAAAAAUGACAUGAUUGAGACAUUUCAUUUAAAUUUGAGGAGAAAAGAUGAAGUUGUCUGAACACAGAUGUGAUUUCAUAAUUCCCAGCUCACAACAUGGUCCUGUAUGUACUGACAAAGGAUGCUUUCAACACUUUGUACCUCAGUUAACCGCUCAAAAUGUGCGUAUUUCACAAAUGGCGUCCAUUUCUCUUUCAGUUCAGUCAAUUCAGGGACUUUUUCCCCCUCUGGAAUAACUCAUUUCCCAAGUUACAGACAUUAAAAAAUACUCAAAUGAUUUCACUGGUUAACUGUUAAAUUUAUAGUUUGUUUUUUUUUAAAUUGACUGAGCUGAAGGUUAAAGGACCUGCCAUGCUGUAUAUUCAAUGCUGCUUUUAUUUUACUUAUAUUCACAAGCUCUUCGGAGAGAAGUGUCUUAUCUGCCAUUUUCACUUCAGGUAUACAAACUAAAAAACCGGGUUCAUUUUUAUGAAUUUGUUCUUUAUGUUGUUGUUUUUUUUGGUCAGUCCUGUUCUAGGUUUUAACCUGUAUUCUGUUGUGGAUUAAUUGAAUGUUCUUAGUAGUUCUGGUGUUACCUGCACACUGUCACCUCAACUGGUCACAGAUGGAGGAGGGGUGGACAAGAGAUGAAAACAUGUUGAAUUGCUCACACUGUUUCCUAAAUUGCUAUACACAGCAAGUAAUCCCAACAAUAAUACUAAAAUGGUACUUAUUAUCACUGAAAUAAAAAGGUUAGCUUCUUUUGCA